CUCGCUUCCCCUCGCCUUUCCUCCCCACCAGCCCCCUCCCUUCAGCUACCAGCCACAAGCACCAUGACGACCAGCGAGCUCAAAGUCGCCGAGAAGUGGGACACGGCCUUGGAGAAGGGCAUCAAGCGCACAGCGUACGGCGCCAUUGCGGGCGGCGUAGUCGCCGCCCUACUUUUCCGCGGCGUGGGCAUCCGCUCGGCCAUCCUCGGCCUGGGCUCGGGCAUCGGCGUCGGCAUCACGUACGCCGAGGCCAAGCGCGACUUCGAGGAUCUCGCGCCGCAAGAGGCGCCGGCCGAGGGCAAGAUCUAGUAGUGAGGCGAGGCGAACACGUGUUCUGGCGGACGGGUGGAGCAUCUGGUCGGCCCUGGUUGCGAUGGAUCCGCACUGGGUGUCGGGAUGGAUUGCGGAAACAGCGUUUGUGCAUACGCUUCGUCGAUCGGGAAGGGUAAUUUGCGAGAGAUGGGCGUAAUGCCGUCGUAAAUUUAUGUUUUUGGGAGAGACGUGGCGACGUUUUUGGAGCUCGACGCGGUGUGUGUUACAAGGCAGACGUCCUACACGUAGUAUCGCAGGCGCGGGUUAUGAGGUUGGUGAUGGUGGAGUAGUUGUUUAUUGCAGCGAAAUCCGGGCUAUCCAGAUGCUGGGCAUUGGCCACGCGGGGGGCCGAGGGGCGGACAAAACAUGAGUAAUGAGACAGGAUGUUAAAAGUGGCGGUCACAAGAAA